AUGUCUGGCCUAAGUUCCUUUAACGUCGCAACCGAGCCUGGAGAUGUCCUGGACCAAAGCUUACUAUGUCCGAUAUGUAAGGAGUUGAUGAAUCAGCCCGUAUCCAUGCCUUGCGGGCACAGUGCUUGUAAGACCUGCCUUCUGGAGAUGAUCUCCAAACAGAGCAUUGGCUCGAGACCUUGCACCUGCCCGCUCUGUCGAGCAAGGAUCGAAGGGGACAAGUUAAACGUUAACGUAACAGUUAGCGCUUUGAUUGGAAGGAUCCAGGUGCGUUGCACUAAUGUCGGCUGCUCCUGGGUUGGAAUGCAUAGCGAGAAGGAAACGCACAUGGACACUUGCCCCUUCAUGGUUAUUGACUGUCCCAAUGGACCUCGUGGCUGCUUGGUUAAACCAGAGAGGUAUGCGCUGAACCUGCACAUAGCAUCCUGCCCCUUUGAAAAAGUCCCUUGUUUUCAUUGCCACAUAGGAGUGGAGAGAUCGACACUUGCUAGCCACGAGGACAACUGCCGAGAAAUUCCACGGCCCUGCCCCCUUCAGUGUGGAGAACAGUUACCAAGAUCGCACAUCCACCUGCACCUUGGCGAUUGUCCACAACGUGUGGUAAAAUGUACAGUAAAGGGGUGCCACAAUUUUUACGCGCUUGAAGAGGAGGCGGAACACGAUAAACAGUACCAAGAAAGUCACCAGGUGCUGCUGAAGCAAGAGGUGGAGAGGCUAAGAGGAAUAAUAUUUGAUCAGGCUGAUGAAACAGUACACAAAGUUUUAAAAAUAAGAAAGAGUUUUCGUUGGGCCGUUAAAAUGUCCGACCUGGCUGAUGGCAAAGAUGCCGCAAGUCCCUUCUUCAACGUAGAAAGAAGUACGUUGAGAUUCAUUUGGGCGAGAAAUUCGACUCCUCAGAAGUUUAUGUUGGAGCAGCUGGUCUCAUCGAUGCCACUCACGAUCAGUUUAAGAAUUGCAUUACUUAAAGAUGAGCGGGUGCAGAAAGUGGUUGAAACACCCCGUCCAACGCUUGUAGACGAAGGGGGUGUUGUCAGUAUGGACGUCGACUUCGGACAGCACCCGAAUGACCAGGAUUUGGAAUUUAAAAUAACAGUAGGCAUCUACGGCCACGUAUAG